CUAGCUCCUGCUCUGUGAGCUGUCAGCCACGUCACCUCCUCUGGAUCUCCUCUCCUCUGCACCUCCUGCUGCCACCCAGACCAGAAACCUCCGAACUUCCACCGUCACUCACUUUGUCCUCCAGGGAGUCGACCUGUGCGCUGCUGGACGAACCGGAAGUCCUGCUAGCCUUUUAACUGGCGUGUUUUUUUGUGGAGGCUAACUAACUCUGUCCUGUCUCCUGGGGACGUGUCAGGCCUGUUGUUGUUGUUGUUUUAGUAUCCAGACUCUGUUUGUUGCUGUUGUUGUUGUUGUUUUGAAAGCACAACGUUAACAACAUGAACGUCUUCCGUCUGGCGGGUGACGCGUCUCACCUGGUCGCCAUCAUCCUCCUGCUCCUGAAGAUAUGGAAGUCCAGGUCCUGUGCAGGCAUCUCCGGGAAGUCCCAGGUUCUGUUUGCUCUGGUUUUCACCACCAGGUACCUCGACCUAUUGACCGUCUUCAUUUCUCCUUACAACACGGUCAUGAAGGUGGUGUUCCUGGCGAUGUCCUAUGCCACCGUGUACCUGAUCUACAUGCGCUUCAGGAACACGUUCGACGCGGAGAAUGACACGUUCCGCAUCGAGUUCCUGUUGGUGCCCGUCAUCGGACUCUCCUUCUUGGAGAACUACGCCUUCACCCCGAUGGAGAUCCUCUGGACCUUCUCCAUCUUCCUGGAGGCGGUGGCCAUCAUGCCCCAGCUCUUCAUGAUCACCAAAACUGGCGAGGCGGAGUCCAUCACCACCCACUACCUGUUCUUCCUGGGCCUCUAUCGAGCCCUCUACAUCGCCAACUGGGUGUGGCGUUACCACACGGAGGGCUUCUUCGACCAGAUCGCGGUGGUGUCCGGCGUCGUGCAGACCAUCUUCUACUGCGACUUCUUCUACCUCUAUGUCACAAGAGUACUUCGAGGAAAAGGGAAGAUGAGUCUGCCGAUGCCGGUUUAAAGCAGAAGUCCUCGGCAAACCACCGACCUGUGCCUGCGACCGCGCCGCAUUUCAACACAGCCAUUUAACUGUACACGUGUUUUUCAAUAAUGGGACUGAAGGUCUGCCCUGAUUCUCAAGACCAAAACAAGUUUUGCAACUCUUGAUAUUGAAUUUCUGUCCGACUUGUAGUUUGUGUUUGCGACUGUGCGUUUUGCGAGUGUGUGUGUUUAUAAUUUAGAGAUGUAUUUUUGUUUGUUCUUGUAAGACGGUAAUGUGUAACUUGAGCUGUGUCCCUGAAAAGAGUAACACUAUGCAAACUGUGUGUCGGUCUUUAGUUCCCCCUCUUUAGCUGCAGAGAGAUAAUCCACAAAAUUAUGUGCCUGAAAGUUGCGGUAGCCUUUUUGUACAGCUCUCAAUCACAUUGUGUUGAGCUUUAAUUGCCACACAGUGUAGCUACAGAUCCAGUUUUUCCUGUUGGAGAGUUCCCAAACACUUCUAGACACCACUGGUCUUUCCUAAGGAUUUACAGUAAUUACACAUAUAAACCUAUUUGUAAAUGUGGACCCUGUAAUCGUCCAUUGAGUGUCUUCCUCUUUGAUUAUGUGAUGACACACUCUUUACUAACCAUGAUGUGCAAGCAUCAUUUUUCCUAAUUGCCAACUAUGUUAACUUUGACUGUUUCCUCUUUAGUCAUCGUUGUAUUUUUGUAUCAAACAUGUAAAGUUUCUUCAUGGGAGAAAAAAAGGGCUUAAUUCAUUUGUAUUUUUCCUCAAUGGAACCAAAGAUGGAACCAACAGCUGCUGAGAAGCUUUAGUGAAACAUGUGUUCUUGUCCUCCCCGGGUCUUUGACUGUCCUGUUGUGUUGAGGUAAAAUCCGACAUCAAGGCGUUUUCAAUAUCUGUAAAAUGUCUGUAGAGCGUGUUACUGACACAAAGGCGAAUUGCACACAAUUGCUAUGACAUUUAUUUUAUUAUAACACAUGACUUCAGUCAACUAAAAGGGUGUGGUGUUGUUCUUUGGACUGAAACUCACCAGAAUGUUUACCCUUCUGUAAACUCCCCCAACACACACACACACACAUGCAUUGGCAGUGUGGGCUGAAAGUGCUGGUGCAUCAGUGUUAAGACAAAUCUGAUGUGUGACACACAGUGGAAUGAGUGAGUUGUUGAAUAAAGACCAUAACCCCCCCACA